CUGUAUGCGGAUACUGGUAACCUUAUUAUUGAUAAAUAACUGCAACGUGCCAAUAAAUUGGUGGAGUGUCAACAAUAGGUGGUCUUACCCUAUGUUUUAAGUGAUUAAACUUUUUUUUGCAUUAUAAAAUUAACGAAAUGCCGCGAUGCUGUGCUUAUAAUUGUGAAAAUAUUGGAAUUCAUCGUUUUCCUAAAGACAAAAAAUGCUUGCAAUCUUGGAUCAAAGCAAUACGUCGGAACAAUUGGAAGCCGACUUCGACUUCAAGUUUAUGUGCAAAACAUUUUAAACCAAGUGAUUAUUAUGAAGAAAGCAAGUAUACAGGUAUUAAAUUGGAAAAGAAGUUAUUGAAGAAAGGCGCCAUCCCCUCGAUUUUUUCCUUUUCUAAGUGUGAAGAGCAAUCUAAAUCAAAAAGAUCAUUACGUUAUGAAGCACGCUGUGCAAAGAAAGAGCUAUUGGGACUCUCAGAACUGAAACUUGACAGAACUCCUGAUGCUCCGGAUAAUGACUCAGAACUCUUUGGUCGAACGAUCAGAGUAAAUAUAGCAGCACCACAGCGUAUAAAAGAAGGUUCCACCAGGCCAGUGUGGUCAGAAGACUCGUGGUUGCAGAAGUAUGCUGGGGAAACAUUACCUGUGUCCAAAGAUGGUAAUACUAAAGAAAAUGAAAAUAAAGAGGAGGGAACUAAAGAAAAUACAGAUAAUUCUAGCGCACCGGCAAAAUCAAUUGAGAAACGUAACCCACAAGUUUACUUCGACAUAAGUGUGGGCAAGCAAUCCUUGGGCAGAAUCAUUAUGAUGCUGAGAGCUGACAUCGUCCCCAAGACUGCGGAGAACUUCAGAGCUCUGUGCACACACGAGAAAGGCUUUGGCUACCAGGGGAGCUGUUUUCACAGGAUCAUACCUGAUUUUAUGUGUCAAGGUGGAGACUUUACGAAUCACAAUGGGACGGGCGGCAAGUCUAUAUAUGGGAGGAAGUUUGACGACGAAAACUUUACAUUACGGCACACGGGGCCCGGUAUACUGAGUAUGGCGAACUCAGGACCUAACACCAACGGAUCACAGUUCUUUUUAUGUACUACCAAGACAGACUGGCUGGAUGGAAAACACGUGGUAUUUGGACACGUAAUAUCAGGCUUGGAUGUUGUUAAGAAAAUGGAGAAGUAUGGCAGUAUGACCGGGGCAGUAUCCAGCAAGAUCACUAUAAGUAAUUGUGGGGAAUUACAAUGAUAAUAAUUAUAACUUAA